AUGCUCGGCUUCACUCCGAUGCGGCGUCGAGCUGCACGCGGCACUCUCACCUUAUCCACCUUCCUCCUCCUCCUCCUUCUUUCGCAAGCGGUCUCGGGCUACAAACCCAACUCGCCCUACUACGGCGCAGGCCGACGAGUGGCCAUGUCAUCGCUGCGCACCCUCACAUUCUACUCGGACCGACGCACAGCCUACCGUCGCACCUCCGCACUGCCUCAACUCACGUGUGAGGGGAGCAUGUGUUCGCGCUACCAGCCCGAUGUGGUGCAGUGCCAGGCGAUGGGCGAUGGACAGUGGAAGUGCGCCGCCGACCUCCCCAGCACGAUGCGCAUGGGCAGGGUCGAGGUGAGCUGCGAAGGUUACGAUUAUGCCGAGGACCCGUAUGUGUUGAAGGAUAGCUGUGCGUUGACGUACCAUCUGCUGCCGAGCGGAAGGGGACCGGACGAUCCGUGGCGCAGUUAUCGGGGGCAAAGAAACGGGUGGGGGGAGAGGCUGGUGGGCUGGCUCUUUCAGAUGGUCUUUUGGGGUGUGCUGGCGGUGAUUGUGGUUAAUUUUGUUCGAGCGGUACGCGGCAAUGCGGGUAGUGGUGGUGGUGGUGGUCGAGCCGGCGGCGGCGGCGGCGGUGGCUGGGGAGGUGGAGGAGGAGGAGGAGGAGGAGGCUGGUGGCCCGGCGGAUCGUACCCACCACCGCCACCAUACACUCCCAAACCCGAACCAGAUUCUGCACCUUCAGCAUCAUCUUGGAGACCCGGCUUCUGGACAGGUCUCGGGCUCGGCGGUCUCGCCGCUACCGCCGCCGCCUCUUCACGCCGUCGACCACCCGGCGCCGGCGGAUUCUACUACCCGCCACCACAAGCUGGCUUUCUGCACGAGCCCAGCUUCAGCAGCGGCUUCGGCGGACGCAGAAGGGGCUGGGACGACGACGACCGAGGCGUAGGCUCAAGUUCAGCGUGGCGCGAAAGCACAGGAUUCGGGGGCACGAGAAAUCGAUGA